AUGGUCCACGCGGUGACCGCGUUCGUCCGAGGGUGCUGGCAUGCCAAACGCGCGCUCUGCGCGUCGCCAGUGCCUCUGUGGCGCGCGUGCACGCUGCUCGGCCAGCCAGGGCGUGCCCCCCCUCGCCACCAUCCUCGUCUCCACCUCCUUUACUCCUCCCUGCCGCUCGCCGAUGCCGGAGCUCGCCGCAGCGAGCAUGGGCAUGGUCCGGCCAACGGCACAGUGCCCGCGCACUAUGUUCGUCCCCUUUCCUCCUCGCUCCUGUGCUCGUCCGCGUCCGUGCACAGCUCCCGCGUGAACCCCAUUGCCUUCUCCCUCUCUCUGGCACCAUUCGUCGCCGGGCGCCGGCGACAGCUGUUCUCCGGCGGAGCCCGAGCCCUCCUCGCCGCCCCGCCUAUAAAAACCCCCCUCCGCAGCCCCCUGGAGCAUCGCAACUCACCACCACUCCCUCCUAUAGCCACUAGAAGCCGCAGCCCGGCCGGGCAGGCCGUGGGCUGCCGUCCCCGAGCCGAGCUCACCGGCGAUCCCCUCUGGAUCGACCCCGCAGCUCCGGCGACUCCCAAGCCGAGGCGACCCUGCCAGGGCCUCUGCCUCUCCUCCGAAUACAUAUACGAGCAGUAUGUUGAGUCGUCCGAUGGCUCAUCGGACGAGGAGGAGUACUCCGAUGAGACGGUGAUGAUGCAGGCGGUCCUUGAAGACGCGGAGCAUGCGAAGGAGCAUGUUCUCAAUUUCAAGGGCUCGAUCAAGGGUCAUCGAAUGCGCAAGACUGUCUUCGAUCGUUUGUACCACGGUGUCCGGUCCUACAAUGACUACUUCAUCCUGAAGAAGAACACCGUAGGAAUGGUUGGCUUCUCUGGUUACCAAAAGUGCACGGCUGCACUCCGGAUGCUUGCAUAUGGCACGGCCGCUGAUUCGUGGGACGCGUACCUAUGGAUGUCUGAGAGGACAUGCGGAGAUGCCAUGGUCAGGUUUGGAACUAUCGUGGUCGAGGUGUUAGGACCUCGGUACCUGAGGGAACCAACUAUGCCAGACACCGAGAGGCUCCUGAAAAUCUCAGAAGCAAAUCCUUGUAGCUUGCCAUCUGUCGUAAUAAGUACUCCAGUUGUCAUUUUGAGUAUGCCCAGGAGGGAGAUCCGUUUGGGUGUCUGUCCCAUCGAGGACGACAAACAGCGCAGUGUCACCUUCUCCAAACGACGUGCUGGUUUGUUUAAAAGCGCCAGUAACCUCUCCGCCCUCACUGGCGUGAAGGUUGUUGUUGUCCUAGAGAGUGAAUCAGGAAAGAUGCAUGCCUUUGGGACGCCAUCGGUGAACCCUAUUAUUGAUGCUUUCUUGUCAAGGGAUCCACUUAUUGAGCCACUCGCCGACAAGGCGGGAAAAGCUAGGAUUGCAUCGCUGCAGAGCAAGGUGGCUAGGUUGGACAUGGAGAAUACAGUGCUAGAGAAGAGAGCAAACCUCUCCCUCCAGCAUAUCAAGAAGAUACAAGCUGAAAACCCAGGGAUGGUGGCAAAUAAUAUCUUUUCGAGGGAAAAAGAUCUCAGUCUUGGAGAUCUCAACAGACUCUUCAAUGACCUCUUGCGAAUCAAGGAGCAUAUUAGACACCGUAUGCCUGCACUACAUCAUGGCCAUGAAAUAAGGACUGGUGGUCAAAACGUGCAACAAAUCCAGUUGCUGCCAAGAGGUCCAUCACAAGAUCACUCGAAGACUCAUCAAGCGUCAUUGCAACCAUCAUCAUCUCGCCGUUUUUCACCUCAAGUGUUGCCUCCAGUUCCACUACCACCAACACCACAACACAUUAUGGGACGAUCUUUUCAUAUGCAGGUACCACAGAUGUUCCAGACCCAACCAUCACCUUUGGCGCCCCGGUUGAGGUCCCUUAUGCAACCAAUUCCUCAUCAGGUACCACAACUAUUUCAGUCCACACCACCACCUCCACCUCCGACUCCCCUGUUGGCAUCCCUUCUACAACUGGAUCUUGACCAGGUACAUGGUUUACCUCCACCACCUCAGCCAAAACUUCAAGAAUAUGCAAGUCCUUACAAGACAAAGGAGCCAUCACAGAACAAGACAAUCCCUAACUCAAUCGUUGAGAACAUUUCGGAGGCAUCCCCACGGUUCUUUUCAUCCGGUGGCAAUGAUAUCUCUCCUUAUGCUCCUUUGGACCAGGCGCUCUACAAUGAAAUCCAAGGGAUGGAUUCUUACUUGGGGUGCAAUAGUAAUGAUGUAGGCCAAUAUAACAUGGGACGUGAAGAGUGGGUCAAUGCACCACCAGAGUCUUCUCGCGGGAAUGAUGAUGAUAUUGAUGCAUGAUUCGGAGGACAUCUUUAGUCAAGGGAAUAAGAUAUUCUGUGUCCAUUAGGUGCCAUUGUCGAUCGUACUAUUUUGUUAAGCUUCUUCGAGGCAAAAUAAACAUUUCAUGUCUAGUUCAUUAUGUCAUGAACUUUGUUUCUGUAUGACUAAUUCCAUGUAAUGCUUGGUGUUCUUUACUGAGAUUAAGUAUUUCAUGUCUUUUA